AUGAAAUCGAUAUUUAUUUCUACUCUAUACUUUUGUUUUAUUUCAGUACCACUACGUGCAAGUUCAACUGAUAUUGAUUCGAAGGCAAAAUGGGCACAGAAUGGUAUCACUGUAGCUGGAGGAAAUGGAUAUGGCAAUGGAACCAAUCAACUAAAUUUCCCAUGGGGUUUGUGCGUCGACGAUGAUCAAACGAUUUAUGUUGCUGAUUGUUGGAAUCAUCGUAUUGUGGAAUGGAAAUAUGGUGCAACGAAUGGAAAAGUAGUUGUUGGUGGAAAUGGUGAUGGAAAUGGAGCUCAUCAGUUAAACGACCUACUCGAUGUGAGUAUCGACAAAGAGAGAGAUAGUCUCAUCAUCAGCGACUACAGCAAUAAAAGGGUAGUUCGAUGGCCUCGUCGAAAUGGUACUAGUGGAGAAACAAUUAUUUCGAAUAUCUCUUGUGCCGGUUUGACAAUGAAUGAGAAUGGUUCUCUCUAUGUCGUUGACAAUGAAAAACAUGAAGUGAGACGAUAUCGAAUUGGUGACACUAAAGGAACAGUGGUUGCAGGUGGCAAUGGACAAGGAAAUCGUCUCAAUCAACUCUCCCAACCUCACUAUGUAUUUGUCGAUCGAGAUCAUUCAGUUUAUGUGUCUGAUUGGGAAAAUCAUCGUUUAAUGAAAUGGGAAGAAGGUGCAAAACAAGGCAUUGUCGUAGCCGGUGGUCAAGGAUAUGGAAAUAGUCUUACACAAUUAAAUGAACCUGAAGGAGUCGUUGUCGAUCAAUUGGGUACUGUCUAUGUGGCUGAUUCUGGGAAUCAUCGAAUCAUGCGUUGA